UUUGCAGAAAGAGCUGCACUUUCACUCUGUGCCAUUCAGAGAGAACACAGCAGAGAAACCUGAGAGACGACGACACAAUAACAAUGAUUUCAACACAGAAAGUGCGUGAUCUGAGGAUCGUUCUUCUGGGUAAAAGUGGAUCAGGAAAAAGUGCCACAGGAAACACCAUCCUGGGCAGAGAGGCGUUUGAAGUUGUGGAUUUCAUAAAGUCAGCCAAUAAAUUGUGUGAGAAACAGGAAGGAAAAGUGGGUGGAAAGACCGUCUCUGUAAUUGACACUCCAGGACUCUUUAAUACAGCAGUGACAAAACAGCAAAUGAAGAAUGAAAUACAGAAGUGUAUAUUCAUGUCUGCUCCGGGUCCUCAUGUGUUUCUGCUGGUGCUAAAGCUGGGUGUGAGAUUCACACAAGAGGAGAGAGAUGCAGUCAAAUGUAUUCAGGAGAACUUUGGAAAAGAAGCUUUGUGUCGUACUAUUAUUCUGUUCACUCACGCCGAUCAGCUGAAGGGAACGCCUGUGGAUGAGUACAUCAAUAAAAGCAACAAUUUAAAGGAAAUCAUUGCCAGCUGUGGAGGCAGAUAUCACUCAUUCAACAACGAGGACAGAGAGAGUAAAGAACAAGUCGCAGAACUGAUGAAGAAGAUCGAUGCAGUGAUGGAGGAAAAUGACAUGAAUCAUUACACAUUUGAGAUGUUUAAAACAACUCAGAAAAAGAUUUUUAUACGUAAGCAAUAUUGGUCUUGUGAUCUGAGGAUUGUGUUGCUGGGUAAAACUGGAUCGGGAAAGAGCGCAGCAGGAAACACCAUCCUGGGUAGAGAAGCGUUUACAUCGAAAGACUCUCUGAUUUCGGCUUCAAUGAUCUGUGAGAAACAAGAAGCAGUUGUGAAUGGACAAACCAUAUCAGUCACUGACUGUCCCGGUCUGUUUGACACUUCAACCAACCAAAAAAAACUUAAGAUUUUAAUAGAGGAUUGUAUCUACCUGUCUGCUCCUGGUCCUCAUGUGUUCCUGCUGGUUUUGCGAUUGGGUGUGAAAUUUACAGAGGAGGAGAAAAAUGUUGUAAAAUGGAUUGAGGAGAACUUUGGAAAAGAAGCUGUAAAGUACACCAUUGUGCUGUUCACUCACGCUGACGUCCUGAAUGGUAAACCUGUAGAGCAAUACAUCAGCAAAAGCAAAGAUCUACAGGAUCUAAUUCAGAAGUGUUAUGGCAGAUACCACGCAUUCAACAACGAGAAUAGAGAUGAUCGAGAUCAGGUCACAGAACUGCUGAAAAUGAUAGAAAAAAUGGUCAGUUUUAAUGGAGGGAAGCACUACACUAAUGCCAUGUUUAAAGCAGCUCAAGAGAAGAUUAGGAAGGAACAGAUGAUGCUAACAGAAGCUGGAAUGAGAGGACUAGCAGUAGCGGGAGAAGCGAUGGCAGGAGUUGUAGCUGCAGGGGCCAGAGGAGGCGCAGCUGCGUUUUCUGCAGUGGAAGCAGCCGCCGAAGCAGCAAAGAAGUAUUUAAAGGACUAG